AAAAUUUUAAUUAUUUAUCUUUUUAAUUUUAAUAGUUGAUAUUUAUUCAUAUUUAUAAAAGGAUGGAAAACAGACAGCAUUUCCAAAUUGGAUUGUUAAGAAUUUCUUUAUGCAUCGGAAUUGGUUUAUGUUGUUUUCUCAAGCAGAGAGAUCAUUAGAUCAUAGGUUCUUUCUAUCAUGUUCUGCUACUGUUGAUAUUGUGUAAUGGUGAGAACUUGGAAGCAAUUGUUGACUUCUGUAAAGAUGGAAUUUUUGUAAUUUGGGAGUAAAUGAAUGGUAUCUUUAUUGCAGUAAAAGCCUUAAAUGAGAUUAAAGCAUCACUUGGAUGGAGAGUGGUAUAUUCAUGGGUUGGAGAUGAUCCCUGCGGUGAUGGUGAUUUGCCUCCUUGGUCUGGUGUAACUUGCUCAACUCAAGGAGAUUAUAGAGUUGUUACAGAAUUGGAAGUUUAUGCAGUAUCCAUUGUUGGUCCUUUUCCCCUUGCUGUAACUAAUUUGUUGGAUUUGACACGGCUGGAUCUUCAUAACAACAAGUUGACUGGCCCAAUUCCUCCACAAAUUGGACGGCUGAGAAGGCUUAAAAUACUAAAUUUGAGGUGGAAUAAACUACAAGAUGUACUCCCUCCUGAAAUUGGAGAGUUGAAAAGACUAACACAUCUGUCUCUGAGCUUUAAUAAUUUUAAGGGUGAAAUUCCUAAGGAGCUUGCAAACCUACCAGAGCUUCGCUAUCUCUACCUUCAAGAAAAUCGCUUCAGUGGGCGUAUUCCACCAGAGUUGGGGACAUUACAAAACCUUCGGCACUUAGAUGUUGGUAAUAAUCAUUUAGUGGGUACAAUUAGAGAACUUAUUCGAUAUGAAGGAAGCUUUCCAGUUCUGCGAAAUUUGUAUCUGAAUAAUAAUUACUUGACUGGAGGAAUCCCAGCUCAGCUAGCGAACUUGACAAAUUUGGAGAUUUUGCACCUUUCCUACAACAAGAUGUCUGGAGCAAUUCCGAUGGCACUUGCCUCUAUUCCUAGCUUGACAUAUUUGUACUUGGAUCAUAACCAGUUCUCAGGCAGGAUUCCAGAUGCAUUCUACAAGCAUCCUUUCUUGAAAGAGAUGUACAUAGAAGGGAAUGGAUUCCGGCCAGGUGUGAACCCCAUUGGUGUCCAUAAGGUCCUUGAACUUUCUGACACAGAUUUCUUGGUCUAGUCAAACCAUCAGGAAGGGCCGUUUGUUUGCAAAAAACGUGAUAAUGAUCCAUGAAAAUACAGGGCUCGUAUUUUAUCUUCUCUUCAAUAUUCUAGGGAAGAUGUUCUGCAAGUUCUGGUUAAAUCUAUCAUGGUGGUUGUGCUGAAGAUGUUAGAGGCAAACGUUACCAUUUUCAGCAGCCUUGUAUCACAAAGUAGUUUCUUAUGUCAAAAGAAAUGUUAACUUAAAAUUGUCAGCUGAAAUUUAGCAUUUCAUGAAUCAAAUGUCAAAAUAUAUGUAGUUAUUUUCAGUUUUUCAUUUCUUGCCUGGGGGAGGCAUGGGAAUGAGAUGGAUGGGAAGCAAAAGGUGAAAUUUGACUAUUCUUGCUUGGUUGGAUCUUUCCGUUAAUAGAAACAAAAAAAAAAAAAAAAC